AGCCCGGUGUGGAAGAUUUUGGACCCAAGGUAGAUGGACCUGAACUAAUUAUUGUUGGUGCUGGUAUUUUAGGUUCGUCACUAGCCGCUGCGGCCGCCCGUGACGGUCGAAAGGUGGUCCUCAUAGAACGAAGCUUAGCAGAGCCGGACCGUAUUGUUGGAGAACUAUUACAGCCCGGGGGCAUACAGAGUCUCACAGAACUGGGAUUACGAUCCUGUGUUGAUGAUAUCGAUGCAAUCACAGAGUAUGGAUAUAUGAUAUACUACAAAGGCGAGACUAUCACAUUAGAGUAUCCCCAGGACGACUCGGGAGACAAGCUCUACGGAAAAUCCUUCCAUCAUGGGCGAUUUAUCAUGAAACUGCGAGAAGCAGCGAUGAAGGAGAAGAAUGUGUCUGUAAUUGAGGGCACAGUCACCUCUUUAAACGAAGACGAGAAUGGCUGUGUAACCGGCGUCACAUAUAAAACAAAAACGGAGGAAGGUGAAGUUGAAAAGAAGACAAUUUCCGCGCCUUUAACAGUGGUAGCAGAUGGGUGUUUCUCGAAAUUCAGGAAGCAGCUGUCAAAGACAACGCCUUCGGUACCAUCACGAUUUUACUCUUUAGAACUCCAAGACGUGGUGAUGGAACCAAUGAACUACGCUAUCGUUGCUCUCAUCAAUCCCUGCCCCGUUCUGGUGUAUCAAAUCGGUACACGAGAGACACGAGUGCUGGUAGAUGUCCCCGAGAAUAGCGGAAUUGAUGAUGUGCCUGAGUUUAUGAGGAAUACUGUUGUGCCUCAGCUGCCUGAACACAUCCAAGGACCAUUCAACGCUGCCCUGGAGUCACAACAAUUACGGUGGAUGCCUAACUCAUAUCUACCUGCUGCCCCGCUACUCAAGCACGGCGUGUUGUGUAUGGGAGAUGCUAUGAACAUGCGACACCCCUUAACUGGCGGAGGUAUGAGUGUCGCCUUCAAAGAUGUUCUGCUUUGGACGGAGUUUAUGCGCACAAUUCCCGAUCUUCGAGACCACACAACUGUACGAAGUGCCGUCAGGAAAUUUACCUUCCAAAGAAAACAGGGACACUCCUUCGUCGUCAACGUGCUGGCAAACGCACUUUACGAAUUGUUUGCUGCCUCAGAUGGAAACCUGGCUGUCUUACGACAGGGGUGUUUCGCCUAUUUCCAAUUGGGUGGCGAGUGCGUGAAUGGGCCUGUGAGAUUACUAUCGAUCCUGAAGCCACAGCCAUUGGUGCUGGUGGGUCAUUUCUUUGCCGUUGCCGUCUAUGGGAUCACGGGUAUGCUGCGAGAAUGUAAAUCUUUGUUGCAGCUCCCCGCGACACUGGUGAGCUCCGUGAAGGUCAUGGCAUCCGCUGUGCGAGUUAUUGUACCACUGACAUGGCAGGAGAUGCGACUCAGAUAAUGCUAUGUGGGAAUAUUGCAAGCCGGGAGGUCGAGUUUGCAAGUAUGUCUACAUGCCGCAUUAAUGUCUCAAGGCGACCUAAUGCAUGGGUACCAAAGUAGGAUACUACACCAUCAUCCGAUGAGUGGAUCAUCAGACGUAAAGGAGAAAUAUUAGAAUUAGAAAUUUUGUCGUUUGUAGGCCAAGGACGACAUGGAAUAAUGAUCGUUGGCAACCCCUAACGACUUCUACAUGAAAAUAAUCAAUUACUUUGAAAAAUAAAAAUAGAAUUGUAAUUCCUGAAAUUAACAACAAAAUAAAAAUAAAAAUACAGAAC